AUGGGUCCCAAGGGUGUGGCUUUUCUCCUCUCCCUCAACCUCCUUUUCUUUUCCAUGAUUGGUAGCUUCAAUCCUUCUUUCCCUGCCCAAAAUGAUGACCCUAGCAGUCAGAUCAGGUGCCCUGAUUUGAUUGAGUGUUCCAAUGUUGGUUUGGGUGUUAGCAUAAUAAGCAAUCAGUGCUGCACCGCAGUCGCCGCUCUUCCUAUAAUUGGUGGCGCUUUUUGCUUUUGCCGCGCAGUGUCACUUGGGAUCCUUCCUCCACUAGCCACUGAAAUACUCGCGCAAAUACUUUUUAGCGCCUGUGGACGCAACAACACUAUUUUCGACUACAAUUGCCAACAAGAUUAG